CAAUAUCCAAGCCUUGACAUUGCGAAGAUGGAGGCUGUUAUGGUCUAGACCAGGAUACAUAGAAAGAUAAAACUGCGAGUUUCAGAGCCCUGUUAUGACAACAUUUCCAGCCGGUCCAGAACCGUUUCCUGGUUGUGACUCCUCUGCUUGUUACCGACCCGAUGUCUAGGAUAUAACUGGUGGAGGCAGGAGGUGUGAGUAGAGUGCAGUAGACAUCGGCAGCAUGUACUCCGAGUGGCGCUCACUGCAGUUGGUGGUGCAGAGCGACCAGGGCCACCUCAGUGUUCUGCACACUUAUCCCACCACCGUGGGCACGGAGGUGGCAAAUGCUGUGGUCAAGCCUCUGGGCACAGCUGUGAGCCCUGUCGCCACAGAGAACAUCCUCAAGACAGAUAAGGAGGUGAAGUGGACCAUGGAGGUGCUGUGUUAUGGCCUCACUCUCCCCCUUGAAGGGGACACUGUCAAGCUGUGUGUAGAUGUGUACACAGACUGGAUGAUGGCCCUGGUGUCGCCCAGGGACUCGAUGCCUCAGCCUGUGGUCAAGGAGCCCAAUAUGUACAUCCAGACCAUCCUCAAACAUCUUUACAACGUCUUUGUACCCAGGCCUGAGCAGCACAGUCUGAACCAUAUCAGGCUUUGCCAGCAAGUUCUGACUGCAGUCCAAAAACUGGCAAGAGAGUCUGUUUCCAUGGUUAGGGAAACCUGGGAGGUGCUGCUGCUCUUCCUGCUUCGCAUCAACGACACAUUGCUUGCCCCACCCACUGUUGGAGUUGGAGUGGCAGAGAAACUAGCAGAGAAAUUGAUGGCAGUGCUGUUUGAGGUGUGGCUGCUUGCUUGCGCGCGCUGUUUCCCCACACCGCCGUACUGGAAGACGGCGAGGGAGAUGCUGGCCAACUGGAGACACCACCCGCCUGUUGUAGAGCAGUGGAGCAGAGUGGCCUGUGCCCUGACCUCCAGACUUUUGCGCUUUACCCACGGACCGUCCUUCCCACCUUUUAAAGUUCCUGAUGAGGACGCCAACCUGAUUCCUUUAGAGAUGGACAGUGACUGUGUGGCACAGACGUGGUACCGCUUUCUCCACAUGCUCAGCAACCCAGUGGACCUGAGCAACCCUGCGAUAGUGAGCACCACUCCAAAGUUUCAGGAGCAGUUUCUUAACUCCAGCGGUAUCCCUCAUGAAGUGGUGCUGCAUCCGUGUUUGAAACAGCUGCCCCAGAUCUUCUUCAGGGCCAUGAGGGGUGUCAGCUGCCUAGUGGACGCCUUCUUGGGUAUCUCUGUUGAAAAGAGAGAUGUACGCGAGAGGGUGUUCACUUUUUCCCCAGUGCUGCUCUCUCAUGGUAUAUCACGUCCCAGAGCUGACAGUGCCCCGCCCACCCCAGUCAACAGAUUGAGCAUGUCUCCGCCCCCCUCCAUCACCAACACCACGCCCCCUCACAGCCGCAAGCAGCGGCAUACAGUGGUCACCAAAACCACAAGCAAGAGUUCGACUGGCAGUGGAAGUCAACCAACCAAAGCAUCCCAGCAGCAACAGCAGCAGCAGCAAACUUCGUCCUCCCCGACCCUGCUUUCCAGCCCCAACCAGAGCAGCUGGGAGUCUCGGCCUCUGCCGGCCCCGGCACGGCCAAAGGUCAACAGCAUCCUUAACCUGUUCGGCCAGUGGCUUUUCGACGCUGCUCUGGUGCACUGUAAGCUCCACAGCGGCCUCAGCCGAGACCCGAGCAUGACCGCCUCUUUUAUCCAAAUUCUCCUUUCUUAUAAAUCUUCGAUAGCCACUCAAGUAGGUCUGGAGCUGAGGAGGAAGGGUUCUCAAAUGUCCACCGACUCCAUGGUGUCGAACCCCAUGUUUGACGCCAACGAGUUCCCAGAGAGCUACGAGGCAGGACGAGCGGAGGCCUGCGGGACUCUCUGCCGCAUCUUCUGUAGCAAGAAAACAGGAGAAGAUAUUCUGCCUGUUUACCUGUCCAGGUUUUACAUGGUCCUGAUUCAGGGUCUCCAGAUCUCCGAUUUCAUCUGUAGACCAGUUCUUGCUUCCAUCAUUCUCAACUCCUCUUCUCUCUUCUGUACUGACCUGAAGGGCAUCAAUGUGGUGGUGCCCUACUUCAUAGCUGCCCUGGAGACUAUUGUACCAGACAGGGAGCUGUCCAAAUUCAAGAUGUAUGUAAACCCUACCGACCUGAGGAGAGCCUCCAUCAACAUCCUGCUGGCCAUGUUGCCACUGCCGCAUCACUUUGGCAACAUCAAAUCAGAGGUUCUGUUGGAGGGAAAGUUCAAUGAGGAGGAUGGGUGGCCUCAUGACCAGCCCGUUUCCUUCCUGUCCCUGAGGCUACGUCUUGUCAAUGUCCUGAUAGGAGCGCUGCAGACUGAGACCGACCCCACUAACACACAGCUCAUCCUGGGUGCAAUGCUCAAUAUUGUUCAAGACUCAGCACUGUUGGAGUCCAUAGGUGCACAGACCGAAACAGGAAGUAUAGAUGGGAGUCACAUGACAGUGAGGAGUCACAGCCGCACCAACAGUGGCAUUAGUUUCACCAGUGGAGGCAGCACAGAGGCUACCAGCCCAGACUCUGAGCGUCCGGCCCAGGCCUUGCUUCGAGACUACGCUCUUCCAGAUACGGCGGCAGGCCUGCUGGUGCGCAGCAUCCACCUGGUCACCCAGAGGCUCAACUCUCAGUGGAGGCAAGACAUGAGCAUUUCCCUGGCUGCCCUGGAGCUGCUGGCUGGGCUUGCCAAGGUAAAGGUGGGAGUAGACUCUGCAGACCGUAAACGUGCUGUCAGCUCUAUAUGUGGGUACAUUGUGUACCAGUGUAGCCGUCCAGCUCCUCUUCAAUCCCGAGACCUCCACUCCAUGAUUGUAGCUGCCUUUCAGUUUCUGUGUGUGUGGCUCACAGAACACCCUGACAUGCUGGAUGAGAAGGAUUGUUUGGUAGAGGUGUUGGAGAUUGUGGAGCUGGGGAUCUCUGGUAGCAAGUCUCGACAGGAACAGGAAGUUCGACAUAAAGGAGAGAAGGAGCACAACCCAGCUUCGAUGAGGGUAAAGGACGCUGCUGAGGCGACUUUGUCCUGUAUCAUGCAGGUGCUCGGGGCCUUCCCUUCUCCCAGCGGGCCCGCCUCCACCUGCAGCCUACUGAAUGAAGACACCCUGAUCCGCUACGCCAGACUCAGUGCCACAGGGGCCAGCAACUUCCGCUACUUUGUCCUGGACAACUCGGUCAUCCUCGCCAUGCUGGAGCAGCCUCUCGGCAAUGAGCAGAACCCCAGUCCAUCAGUGACAGUUUUGAUCCGAGGCACAGCCGGCAGACAUGCCUGGACCAUGCAGCUCUUCCACCAACCCAGAGGAGCUCGGGCCAAUCAGAGGCAGGUGUUUGUUCCCGAGGGCCGUCCGAUGCCCAACAAUGACGUGGGGAUCAAAUACAACGUCAAGCAGAGGCCCUUCCCUGAAGAAGUGGAUAAGAUUCCCCUUGUCAAAGCUGAUGUUAGUAUUCCUGACCUGGAUGACAUUGUCAGUAGAGAGCUGGAAGUUCAGCACGACAAGCUUCGCAUUCUGAUGCACAAGCAGAUAGAGUAUGAGAACGCCUUGGAGCGGCACAGUGAGGAAAUCUGGAAGUCCAAACCUUUCCCCGACCCACAGAUAGACUGCAAACCCCCCCCACCCUCACAGGAGUUCCAGACGGCACGCCUCUUCCUCUCCCACUUUGGCUUUCUGUCUCUGGAGGCACUCAAGGAACCCAACAACAGUCGUCUACCUCCUCAUCUGAUUGGCCUGGAGUCAUCCUUGCCAGGGUUUUUUGAUGACAUCAGCUACCUGGACCUGCUUCCCUGCCGGCCAUUUGACACUGUCUUUAUUUUCUAUGUGAGAGCUGGACAGAAAAGCAGCCAUGAGAUCCUGAGGAAUGUGGAGUCAUCAUCCAGUGUCCAGCCCCACUUCUUGGAGUUCCUGCUGUCCUUGGGCUGGCCUGUGGACGUGGGACGCCACCCAGGAUGGACAGGACACCUAGAUACUAGCUGGUCCCUCAACUCCUGCUCCGACAGCAAUGACAUACAACAAACAGAGGAAGCAACUACUCCUGAGGACACAGGAGGUUCUGUGUUCAAUGGGGAGAAGAAAGUUUUGUACUACGCUGAUGCUCUGACAGAGAUUGCCUUCGUUGUUCCAUCUCUAACAGAAAAUUCUGAGGAGUCAUCAGUGCACAGUGACUCCACAGUGGAGGCAGACACCAACACAGACGUCAUGCCUGGUUUACACAAACAACCCAAUCUCACACUGGAGCUGUUCCCCAACCAUUCUGAAAACCUGGAGUCUGCCAAGAAGCUGAGUCCUUUGGUGAAGACAAAGAGGUCAUCGACUGGAAAGUCUUUCCCACCACUGGGUCCCGAAACAAAGGUGUUUGUGGUCUGGGUGGAGCGCUUUGAUGAUAUUGAGAACUUCCCGUUGACUGAUCUGUUGGCUGAAACCAGCACGGGCUUGGAAGCUAGCAUGAGCAACAGCACUUCCUGCAGGUCGGGGUUACUAGAGAAGGACGUUCCUCUGAUCUUCAUCCACCCUCUGAAGACGGGACUCUUCAGGAUCCGGCUGCAUGGAGCUGUGGGCAAAUUUGGCAUGGUGAUUCCCCUGGUGGACGGCAUGGUGGUCAGCCGCAGAGCUCUAGGGUUCCUUGUGCGUCAAACAGUCAUCAACGUGUGCCGGCGGAAGCGUCUGGAAAGUGACUUGUACAACCCGCCUCACGUGAGGCGGAAGCAGAAAAUAACGGAGAUUGUCCAGCGUUACCGCAACAAGCAACUGGAGCCCGAGUUUUACACCUCGCUCUUCCAUGAGGUGGGGGAGGGAAAGCCUCACCUCUAAUACCCCUGUCCUGUCCUAACACUGGUUCACAAGCGCACACACACACACACACAACACACUCUUUUUAUCUAUACUCACACACCAUUUACAUGUGUGCGUGCAUACAUACACACACACACACACAGACACACACACACACGCAGAAUCUUUAUAUUUAUACUGUACUAUUUUGUUAUUUAUAUGAAUACAUAUAUCAACACUGUCUGCCUUUGACUCUGAGAGCAAAGUGUCAAAAACCAUGCCAAGGUGGGAAAAGCUACAUUUCUAUGUCGCAGCCACUCACUGAACAUUUGAAUGGCUGAAGUUCAACAGUGUCUCUGCUCAUUUAGGUUCAUGCUUCGUGGCAAAAGAGUUUCAGCUUGUCUUUAACUGCAAUACAAUAGGUACACUGUUGGCCUUUCUGAACUUGUAAAAAAAAAAAAAAAAAAAGAAAAAAGUUCUUUAAACCCUGUGACAUGAGUGUAUUUCACGAUGGUUUGGUAGUACACAGCUGUGUCCAGAAUCCGGAUCUGUUUUUGUUUUAAUCAAACAGAUUUAUGGAUUGGAUUUUUGCCAAGGAGAUGAACAUCUAAGCGUCAUAAAAUGUUUUGUAAUAAACAUCGCUGCUGCGUCAAGGCAGGUGGCUUCAAUAGAACAAAGAAAUGAUGGACAGCAUUGACACGUAAUCUAAUUUUACAACAAAUUGUCAUCCACAUUCAGACAACUGCUAAAGUCUUCCUAGUGCAAACACACAUUUGGCCAUCCAGCAGCUGACUGAGCACGCAAAUGCUGCCGUUUAUAGUUUGGAUUGUUUUGUUUUUUCCAGAUGAUUUCUAGGACUCCUACGUUGUAUUACUGUAUGCGGAUGCCAUUUUCUUGGCACCUGCACUGUCUCUGUGCCAGUCUGAAAGUCCUCCCAUCUCACAACAGCCACUGCACUGUUUGUGUGUGUGUGUGUGUGUGUGUGUGUAUAUGUGUGUGUGUGUGUAUGUACACGGCCACAUGUAUGCUUAUUCAACCAGUCAAAACCAUUGACCCUACAGGGAGUCACAGUGACGCCCUAAAACCCCCAUAGGUGGCAUUUAAAGAUGAAUUUUGUCACAGAAAUUUGACUCCGAAUAAUUCAGUUUCGAAAAGUUAAAUUUCCUCGGUCAAGACAUAACCCUAGAAUUGGUUUACUCUUAAUGCCUGGUAACACUAGAGUUUACUGAUAAUGAGAGCAGUUACAGAGCUCCUGGACUUUGCACUUGAUCGCAGGGCUAAUACGAAAUGACCAAAAAGACAUUUUAGUUGUGAAGUCUCUGCCAAUACCAAACAGCACAGUUUAAGUGUCUUGCUCAUCUAAACAAAUCUAAGGUGACGGAUUCAAAGGCCAAAAUACUCAAUGUAGCUAACAGCAUUAUAUAACCUGCAUUUUGACUGAUCAGUGCUGUAUUUUGGUUUUUUUUUCCAUUUUUUAAAUUCUUAACCCAGAAUGAAAAAGUUAUAUUCAGUUUGGAUUACAGAAAUACGCAAUUAUGCCUUCACAACUUGUUUUAGUAAUUUUUUUUUUUUUUUGCUUCACAAUUUUUUUCACUUUUGUUUACUCACUGUACUUUUGGUUUUUAUUCAAGCCCUCUCACUGUCUGCCUGUAACAAUGUGAAUUUAUUUAUCACAGAGAUGGAACAGGGCAAACACCUCUAGUUUCUUUGUUAUAUUGGAAAGUCUUAAUGCACUGAGCACAUUUUAUGUUUAUUUUCUAUUCCCUGUGGUUACCUUACAUGUCUUUUGUACUUUUUGUGCAUUUUGAAAGAAAACCCUGCUGAAGGAAGAGUUUUAUCUUGUGAAAUACGAAUGAAGAAGAGGCGUCGGCGAGUUUUUAACCUAUCAUGUCUAAUUGUGUGACUCACUUUUUAUGACGGUGCUUUACGCACAUGCCUUUUUUUGGAAGGAAAAAAGUACAUUAAAUAUGCUUCAAAGAUACUACAUACAAUCAGUCAUACAUUGUAUCCUAUGUUACUCCUCUGAUGUUUGAUCAUAUUUAAGGAUUUGCCAUGUACAGAAGCGGAGGAUAAUAUGUAAAUAUAUGAUAGUGUAAGGCAUUUACAAGUUGUCUGUUGCAUUCAUCCGAGAUGGCGAGAAAAGUUAUGUUUGUAUGCAAUUAUGUGUGGGAGGAUCACAAUGGGUAUUGAAUGUAACAUGCAUCAAUUAAAACUAUUAUUGACCUUUUAA